AAAGCACGGCAUUCUAAAAGCCUUGGUUAUAUUUAUCCUCUUAGUGAAACAUCCAUUAUUUAUAAAUUGAAUAACAGCAAAAAAAAAAAAAAGCGCAGAAAAAAAAAAAAGAGCAGCUAAAAAGAACGAUGUCGCAAAGUAAAGUGACGAUGGAGGUCGGAAACGACGGCGUUGCAGUCAUCACCAUCUCCAAUCCUCCUGUUAACGCUUUAGCUAUUCCAAUAAUUGAUGGAUUGAAGGAGAAAUUCGCUGAGGCGACGAGGCGAAACGAUGUUAAAGCUAUUGUUCUUACCGGCAAGGGAGGAAGGUUUUCCGGUGGUUUUGAUAUCAAUGUUUUCACGAAAGUUCAUGGAACCGGUGAUGUGUCGGUCAUGCCUGAUGUAUCUGUUGAUCUUGUCACUAAUGCUGUAGAAGAUUGCAAGAAGCCUAUUGUGGCUGCUGUUGAAGGAUUGGCUCUCGGAGGUGGCUUAGAAUUUGCAAUGGGUUGCCAUGCACGUAUUGCUGCUCCUAGGACUCAACUUGGCUUGCCAGAAUUGUCACUUGGAGUGAUUCCUGGUUUUGGAGGCACACAGCGUCUCCCAAGGCUUGUAGGGCUUUCAAAAGCUAUUGAAGUGAUGCUGUCAUCCAAACCAAUCAUGUCUGAAGAAGGGAAGAAGCUAGGUCUUAUUGAUGCACUUGUCCCUUCUAAAGAGCUUCUGAAAGUUUCUCGUGAAUGGGCUUUAGACAUGGCAGAGGGACGUAAGCCAUGGUUGCGUUCACUUCACAGAACCGACAAAAUUGGAUCCCUCUCUGAAGCACGGGAGGUGUUGAGAAUGGCAAGACUACAAGCCAAAAAAACUGCUCCAAAUUUGCCUCAGCAUCAAGUAUGUCUAGAUGUAAUUGAGGAGGGUAUUGUCCAUGGGGGAUAUAGUGGAGUUCUGAAGGAGGCUAAAGUUUUUAAGGAGAUAGUCCUUUCAGACACAUCAAGAGGUCUUGUUCAUGUGUUCCUUGCCCAGCGGGCUACAUCAAAGGUGCCAAAUGUUACUGAUGUUGGUCUCAAACCAAGGCAAGUAAAGAAAGUUGCUAUUAUUGGAGGAGGCCUAAUGGGCUCUGGAAUAGCUACGGCUCUUAUUGUGAACAAUAUAUUUGUUGUUCUCAAGGAAGUUAACUCUGAAUAUCUCCUGAAGGGAAUAAAAACGGUAGAAGCGAAUGUUAGAGGUUUAGCAAAUAGAGGAAAAAUGACCAAGGAUAAGGCAGAAAAAGCUCUCUCAAUGCUUAAAGGAGUUCUGGAUUACUCUGAAUUUAAAGACGUAGACAUGGUCAUAGAGGCAGUUAUUGAAAAUGUUGCUUUAAAGCAAAAAAUAUUCAGUGAGAUAGAGAAGGCUUGCCCUCCUCACUGCAUUUUGGCAACAAACACAUCCACUAUUGACCUCAAUUUAAUAGGAGAAAAAAUGAACUCGCAAGAUCGUCUUAUAGGAGCUCACUUUUUCAGUCCUGCCCAUCUGAUGCCUCUUUUGGAGAUUGUACGAACACAGAAAACUUCCCCACAAAUAAUUCUUGAUCUUAUGACGGUUGGCAAAGUAAUAAAGAAAGUUCCUGUUGUGGUUGGUAACUGCACUGGCUUUGCAGUCAAUCGAACAUUCUUCCCCUAUACACAAGGUUCGCAUUUAUUGGUCAGUUUAGGUGUGGACGCGUACAGAAUUGACCGGGUGAUCUGCAAUUUUGGCUUUCCUCUGGGCCCUUUCCAGCUUCAAGACUUGGCUGGCUAUGGUGUGGCUUUUGCUGUCGGGCAAGAAUAUGCUAAGGCAUUCUCUGAUCGAAUAUUCAAGUCUCCAUUGCUUGAACUUUUGGUUAAAGACGGAAGAAAUGGGAAAAACAACGGGAAAGGAUACUAUAUUUAUGAGAAGGGAAGCAAACCAAAGCCUGAUCCUUCUGUAUUGUCUAUUAUCGAGGAAUCUAGACGGCUUACCAAUAUUAUGCCCGGUGGAAAGCCUAUUUCGGUUACUGAUAGAGAAGUUCUGGAGAUGAUACUCUUCCCAGUAGUUAAUGAGGCAUGCCGAGUUCUUGAUGAAGGGGUUGUGGUUCGAGCAUCAGACCUUGAUGUUGCAUCUGUUCUUGGGAUGAGCUUCCCAUCUUAUCGUGGUGGUAUAGUAUUUUGGGCAGAUAUGGUUGGCGCGAACCAUGUAUAUAGAAGUCUUAAAAAAUGGUCGGAAAUGUACGGUAGCUUUUAUAAACCAUCAAAGUUUUUGGAAGAAAGAGCUAUGAAGGGCAUCCCAUUGAGUGCACCGGCUACGUCAUCUGCAUCAACAAAAUCAAGGCUGUAAGGCUUUAUUAUUAUUAUGGUAAUAAAAGCAAUUAGAAUUUGGUUUUCACAUAAAAUGUGUGUUUUUUCUCUUAAUUUCCUGGGAACCAACUCCUAAUGCUUGAAAUCAAUAAACAUUAUGCUUCUUUUUUUUCUUUUUUUUUUAUAGAAGUAUGCGAUUUGGAUUUUAAUAA